UUGCGCGUCUGGCAUUAUGAUGAAGCGAGAUAACCUGCUUCAGCUUGUUAAUUUAUCUAUCAGAAUAGAUUCAUUAUUUGACAGUGACUCGGUUCGAAAAUAUUUAUGAUAGAAGUCGUCGAAAGAUAUUCAUAUUUCGUUUAUGAAGAUGUUAAGAUCUGUAAAGGAGGCGUUAAUUUUUAGUGAUAAAACUGUAGUGUUUCGUUCUGGCUGAACACGUGAUUCAGGAGAAUUUUAUUAAUAAAGUUUAAAAUGGCUAAACUUUAUUCGUAUUAUACAUUAUGCCCACUUAUCGAUCAACAAAAUUUGUUAGGCGUCGAAAGGGACUCGGAAAGCGGGUGUGCAAUCGUGACAUUAGGGAAGAACAUCGUGAUUCGAUAUAAGUUACAGGAUUUGAAACAGCUGAGUAGUUGGACCAGUAAAGAUCGAUUAACGACACAAGUCAUUUAUGAUGAGACAACGGGCCAAUAUGCCUCGAUAUUUAAUGAGAAGAAGAUACGCCUUUGGUCUGCUGAGGAGACAGAUUUGAACAACGUUAAAGGCUACAAAUUCCAAUUUGCUCUGCAUACCAUUCUCACGUUCGAAGGCUGUCCACCCAUAGUAGUACGUAAGAAUGGAGCUACUGCUUCACUGAAGUGGGCUAUAGAGAACAGAAAAUCUUGGUCCAAAGAUGGAAUACUAAAUAAUAGUGAGAGGAUCGUAGACUGUCAUCUAAUCAGAAACAGUGACAAAGUGAAUUUAUGCAUAUUAACUGAGAACGAAGGUACUCACAACUGUGUCAUAGUUGAACUUAAAAAUGAAACUUAUUUGGAGGAAACAGGUUCUAUCAGGAGGUUGCAGUUAAAAAGAAGUUCGGAGGAGCUAGUAGGUCAUACAGUAUUGCAAGCUAAGAAAAAAGCUCAUCUUCUAACGUUGUGGUCGCAUGGCAGAUUGUACAGUCAUCCUUUAACGGAAACUAAUAAUGAAACCAGUUUAAGCACGUUGAUCGGUAUCGUCAAUAAUAUGAAUACUAAAUAUCCUGUAGUUAUGACAGCGUUGAAUGAGACUACCAUAGCCGUGUAUGGAGCCGAUGUCUCUGAAGAAGGAGCUGUGCUAAUGAUUUACAAUGUACAAUUCAAAUUGAUACAAGAUGCACAGAAGCUGAAAUUGUAUACGGAGGAUGCGAAAUUAUGGAAGAUCGAAGACAAGCUGUUGCUGGCUGCGAAUAAGCAUCUGGCGAUUGCACCUUACCAUCUUGCAUCUCAGAAAAUAGCAAGCCUGCUUGGCUCAUCAUUACGUUUCAAAAAUGAUGACGAGACGACGGAUGAUAAUGAGAUCGUUGUAAUACAGGAGUCGACGAUAGCUCAAUGGGAUAAGAAAUGCGCUGCGUUACUUAGACACGAGCCACAGAAACCUCCUUCGAAACUUUCCAAGCAGAUAUCGUCUUAUGUAAAGGAAGGAUUGAGCGAUGCUGCGAUACAAGAAAUAUUGAUUCCACAGUUGAUCGAGUCGAAGAACGUUGAAGCGAUCGUAUGGUGUUUAAACAAUUUCAAAGAUCUCUCGGAGAAGCUGUUGACCGAUCUCUUAAUUUUUGCGCUACGGAGCCCUGACGAUACGUUUAUACCGGUGCAGAAUGGUGUCACCGAUGAUCAGCCGAGAGAUUUAUAUUCACGAAAUAAUUUUCUCGAUAAACUUUUCAGUCUCACUUACUCCGAUGUCUCAUUAUCGUCGUAUCUUAAAAGCGGCUUGAAUUUCAAUGAAAUACUUCAAUUACUGCAAUACUUAAUACUGAAGUUGAACGAUAAAGAUGAUUUCUGUCGGGAUGUCAUACAGCAACCAACCGAUAAACAGUUGUACGAGUGGUCUAGUCUUUUGUUAGAAUCACAUUAUCAGCAUUACCUGUUAUCGCGAGAUCCGGAGGUGUCUACGUUGCUUAAUAAAUUCAGUUUCGUCUUAAACGAUCACCAACAACUGUUCAAAGAUAUGGAAAACCUGAGGCCUAUCUUAAGAAGAAUCAUGAACGGAAAAUCGUCGAAACUGUUACAAAGAAAUCGUAACAAAUUUUAUACCAUAGAAGAAAUAAAACUCUAUUAAAAUGUAGAUGAUGUAUAAUGUCCGGUUUCAUAUGUCUCGCGUCCGAAUCGAAUUGUAAAAUACUUUUUAUAUACAUAAGAGGAAUUGUAAAAUAAAUAUUUAAGUCGAAA